AUCGAAUAAUUUGCGUUAGGUUUACUCCAAUAUGUACAAAUUUCUUGUCAGAUUUAUUUUUGAAAUGUUGAGAUUAAAUUUUGGUUUGUUUAUCUUGGCGAUUGCCUGCCAAAAUGUCGAAUUACAAGCGGCAAUUUUGAGAGCAACAAGUCUGAGGCCGGAUAAUCUAUUAACCGCGGCCAAAAAUCAGAGCUGGGGCAUGCAGCUAUUUGCACCGAAGGCGUUUUUACCACCAGGGCUAACCACAAAGUUUGUGCAGCUUUUCGCACAGGGCGUUGGCCAUGCGGCAAAUACGACGGAAGGGAGCGGCGAUGCGGCAAAGAAGUUGGAAGGAGCUGAUGACGGAAAAGGCAACGGUGCGGCAGUUGGCAAUGCAACAGAGAAGGCGGUAGCUGGCGAUGAGGCAGGGAAAACGGCAGAGAAAACGGGAGGCAGCGAUCCGGCUGCACAGGCGGCCGGCAGGUCGGGGCCAGGCGGCGGUGCGGCAGAUAAACCGGAAGUCGUCCGUGCCCGUAGCGGUGUUGGCUACAAAACAAACAAACACUCGGGCGAGGUGACCGUUUCAUUGCCGCGAUUCAUACAGAACGAAAAAGGCGACUGGGUGUACCACUAUUGGGGCGCUACCUAUGGCAAAGUGUGGCACGAUACGCGUUUCGGCAUCAACAAAGCUCGCACCGUGCAGCGUCUGCGGAUUGACUCGAUGGCGAUCCGCAGUUAUUAUCCCACGGGACCGCUCGGUCUUGUGUGUUUGGGCAAGACAACAGUAUAUAAUAGGCCCAUAGUGUUAGAUUAUCUGACCCCGAGAAAGUAUUGGCACCAAAUAAAACAUAGGCCAAUCUGGGAAAGCCUCAGAAGGCAGAUCACCAUUCAAGGCUCUUCCGAGCAGUGCCACAACACAGACAACUAUCCAAAGUUCAGAGACUUUCAAGAGUGCCAAAUGAGGCGUAACAUGCGAAUGGAAUAUUUGAUACCGAAGUAUCCAUUACACCAAAAAAUCUGACCACCGAUGAUUGCCGAGGUGUCCUGCGACGAGUGUCCUGCGACAAUACGGAUGCCCGGCGAAGCCGAAUCCUUGCUGCUGGGCGACAAGAAGUCAGCUGAACAGUUCCGGUCCCACACCCCACCCAGCCAGGCCACAGUCCGAAGGAAACUAAUAUUAUCCGGGACAAACAUAACGACUACCUCCAAUUACCCUAAGUCCAGGCCAGACCCAGGCCCUCACAGCUUUCGAUUCGUGUCCUGGCAGCGAUUGUGCGCAUUAUAUAACACAUAUAUUUACCUACAUAUUGCCGAGGAGGGGCUCGGAUAGAAGGAGGAGGAGAGUGAGUGUGUGUGUGGGUGUGGGUGUGGGUGGGGAUUGCCAGAGAAAUGUAUAAUUUAUGUUGUUUUAAAUCAAAGAACGUUAUGUCCAGACAAACAAGCAAUGCCCUGGAAAAAGGCAGAGAAUGUCUGAAACGGGUAUAACUGAGCGUAAGAUGCUCGACUAGCAAGACACCCUGUGCAUACGUACUCAGAUGUUUACAAAUAAUUGUUUGUAUUAAGAAUAAUAAAACGUAUAAAACCUUUGAAGACCUAAAA